UAAACGCUGGACAACGGUACGCAAUGGUUGGAUAUCGUGUGACAUGACGGACCAAAUGCUCGUAGGAACUGUUUGCAAGUUUGGCUGCCAUCCUGGGUACAUUUUGCAGGGUUCGGACACAGCACAGUGCCUAUCACACGAUCGGUGGAGUGUCCCCAGCCAACCUGUUUGUAAUCCUCGGUUAUGCGGCCAAUUGGUACCCGGCAAUAAGGAGACGGCGAUAACCUGUAAAGACGGGUACAAUUUCAAGAGCGUGUGUCAGUACACGUGCACCAAUGGAUUCGGCAUUCUGCCGGGCCACAAUCGAGUGCGCACGUGCGAUGCGAGUGGAAACUGGACAGGAGAAGAACCUAUCUGUCGCGACGUCACACCUCCAAAGUACACUUCUUGCCAUCCAACGCUAGUUUUCUUCGCUGGUCGGUCUAGUGAGGUUGCCAUCGUUAGUUGGCAGGUGCCCGUCUACUCGGACAAUGCAGGUGUGGCUAGCAUAGUUUCCCGACAGGUCGAGGGACCAUUAGCGGGCAACGCGGUAGCAGCGGGGACGUUCACAGUGGUCUACCAGGCGUGGGACAUGGAGAACAAUACCGCUACCUGUGAAAUACAACUAACAGUGAAACUGAUAACGUGCCCAAGAUUGUUCCCGCGUCCAUACACAAAAGUCACGUGUCCAGAGGGGAGGAGGUACGGCGCACAAUGUGAAUUCACGUGCACUGAGGGGUCGACUUUAAGGGGAGAGAACACAGUACAUUGCGAAGCAUUCAACACCAACGAUAUGUGGUACGGUCAAUGGACGUUUGGAAAAUUGCAACCAUUCUGUGAACUUGAGGAUACAUGCAUACGCCCGAGUCCACCGGAACAUGGCGCGCUCUCGUGCGACACGUGGGCAGGGGGCGCCUACUGCGUGCUACAGUGCCAACUGGGAUACGUGGUCCAGGAUUGGGAGUUCGAUCCUCUACUCACUUGCAGCGACACCCGGGGAGAAUUUACAGGACUGAACGACGACAAAUCCUUGCCGAAAUGUGCAGAGAUCAGCGCCAAUGUGUUCUUUGACUUCAAGCUGGAGGAGUUUUAUUACUACGAUGGUGACUGCAAUUCAGCCAAAGAACAAAUCAAGCAAAACUUUAUCACCGCUUUGCAAUUCAGUAUGGGCAAUGUGUGCUCGAAAGUCAACUGUAGCACUUCUUACGUAGAGGUUGACUGUUUCAACGACACAGUUUCCGGGAGAAAGGAGCGUUCAGUUGUCGAUACUCUGUCGGUUUCGGCUGUCAUGACCGUUUCGGGAAAAGGUCGCGACCAGCUUUCUCCAAUGGAAGCCAUAAUGAUGCAGGAGCAGAUUUACCAGGCUCGUGCCGAGAGCAACGAUAGUCUUGAUAAUGGUCUCGCGAUGUCUCUCCAAUUAACUGACAUCAAGGUUUCAAGUCCCGAAAUCGCCUGCCAGCUUGGGUCGUAUGCUGAUAGGUUCACACUAAGCUGUGUUCAGUGCUCAAGGGGAACAUACCAUGAUAUGAGCGUGAAACAAUGUAGACCAUGUCCGAGGGGUGAAUACCAACCCAUAUCUGGGAUGACAUCGUGCCUUCAGUGUCCAAACGGGACAAGCACGCCGUUUUUGGCCUCUGUAGACAUUGGUCAGUGUGUUGAGGCGUGUCCACCUGGAUAUAUGUCCCCUACAGGGACGAUUCCUUGCUCCCCAUGUGACGUCGGCACAUUUUCUACGGCGUACGGAAAAACACAGUGCACGGCAUGCCCUGGCUCAAAGACAACACGAUCGAAUCUGGCAGCAACUGCAAUUGAAGACUGUUAUGAAUUCGACAUGGAGUUUUCCGGCGAUACAUAUUCAUACGAGAACGCCUCUGUACUGUUCACGCCCACCUCGCACGUGACGAGCCUCUACCUGGCACUGUGGAUGAAGUGCAGCACAUGUUACCGUAUCUUGGAAAUCACUGACGUGCACGAGAUACCCGUGCUAACAGUGACUACUCGCGUCGGUUUUCUCGACAUUACACUUCGUGGAUGCGAGCUAUCCAUUCCCGUGCAUGGUCUCCUUGACAGCCCGCGAUGGCAUCAUUUGUCUUUACAUAUAACUGCCAGUUUCGUCACAACUACUAUUGACGAAAUCGAGCAACACGUCUCACACGCAUGCGCAUAUAAUGAACUUCUGGUAGAGAAGGACUAUAUGCUCGUAGUAGGAGGUAAACAAUACACCGGCAGCGUGACCUCAUUCAACCUUUGGAACGCGAGUUCCGGUGAUUUUGAGAUUCCUACUAUUUUACGGUGCAUGGACAAUCAAUUGGGCAACCUGGUUGCCUGGAAACAAUUUCAGGAUGUUGAUGGUCCGUUUCUGCGAACACCAACCCAGUGUGACGAUGUAAAUAACUGUGCAAGCUAUCCUUGCAAAAACGGUGGAACGUGCCUAGAUGGGCGCGACGCCUUCGCCUGUUCGUGCAAUAAUGGUUUUACAGGCGAUAUGUGCGAGAUUAAUAUCGACGACUGUGUUGGGAACUCGUGUCAGAAUGGCGCCACGUGCCUAGAUGGAGAUGAUUCGUACACGUGUCAAUGCAAUCCUCAGUCCAACGGCUCAUUUUGCGAGACAAUGAUAAUUGAUGGCGGUUGGACAUCCUGGGGUAUGUGGGGACCCUGCUCGGUCACGUGUGGUUCCGGGCAAAAGAUCCGUGUCCGGGAGUGCUCGAACCCGGAACCAGAGAACCGAGGCGCAGACUGUACAGGGGAUACGUCGCACGUGCAAAAUUGCACCAUGACGGAUAUAUGUGUUUAUGAAUGUGACGUCGAUCCUCAAAACCCUCUUCACGGAUCAAUGAACUGUUCAUGGCAGGGAAACGGCACUCGACAGUGUCUGCCAUUCUGUGAAGAUGGCUAUGCCUUCGACUCAGAUCUGUUCCUAGACAACAUCGUGUGCGGCCCAGAAACCGGAUAUGAGUGGAACAUCCGCAAUAAUGAAAACCCGUAUGUGCAGAUUGGCACGUGUUCAGUGAUCCAUAUUGCCGAAGAAAACAUACUGAUUUAUUCUGCUGAAUACGACGACCUCACCCCCGAUGUAGUCAAGCGCUCUCAGACGGAUGUACCGGCAGUCAUUCAGUCCACAGUGCAGGCUAACGUAUACCAGUUACCAUGCGUCCAGAAUAGAAGCUGCCGAUUGCUUUCAAUGGACGUCACAAAAACGUCACCGAAUCGCGUUGAUUUCAUUCGCGAACGGAGAGAUGUGCAGCUUGUUGGAUUCAACGUGAAGCUUACUUGUACACCUACUAAAGCUCCUCGUUCAUGCUACGAUCUUCUCGAGGAGGCCUACUUCACACUCCAGAGGCUCGUAAACGAAACCCGAUUCUCCAUUCUGGUAGACCAAUCAUGGUUUGACAUCGGUUCUAACGGCACAGUGGUCGCCGGAAAUGUUUCAUGUCCGCCCGGGACCGUAGACAUAGAUUACUUUUGCGUACAAUGCGGCCCCGGAAGUUACCCAAAAGACGGCUACUGUGAACGCUGCCCACGUGGCACCUACAAAGAUGACUUUACGAGCAUAGCAUGCACCCCAUGCCCUCAGGAUUGGACAACGAAUGGAUUACAGAGCAGAAACGCUUCUAUGUGUAAUGUUGAAGUAUCCGAUGGCAAAGACUCACUACAAGGGUGGAUGUUAGCAAUAGUCAUUUCCUCGGUUUUUGUCCUGGUUAUUUUGGUCGCAACAACCCUUUAUUGCUGCCUGCGAACACCUAAGGAAACCGCUAGUAAGAACAUAUUCACAUCGAGGCAGUCGAAAGAAAAAUCCGUGUUGUGGCAAAGUGGGGGAAUUAAUAAAAGUCACUUUCCGAACUUAAAGCAAGUACGCGAAGCAUGGCCAGAAAUACGACAAUGCUAAGACUGACUGGACGAUGCGACCAGGCUUGCGUGCAUCAACUAUGGCAUGGACAAGUUUGAAGUUCGUCGGUGUAUGACCUGAAAGCGAUACAUACAGUUUAAUGCGAGCUUAUUUAUUUGUUACCGACAACAACCAGUUCACUGUUUGUCAUGGUUACUUUCUGUGUGUAUCUAUAAAGUGUAUGUCAUCAAUGUUUAUUAAAGUAAUUAUUAUAGUUUGCAUUUUAUUGUGCAUUAAACACAUUGAGAGAGUAACAUGUGCAUAUAUUGUUGAAUAAACAUGAAUUAAAAAAUAAUACAAUAAGAACCAUUGGGUUGUGAUAAUAAACUAUCUGGUGUAUCUGAUUCCCUUUGGGUUUUAAUGUCGGUAAUUUUGCUAUUUGUGUAAGUUUAAUGAAUUGUGUACGUUUAAUGAAUCACGUGACCUAUAUAACAGGCUGCGACGUUGAGUAAUACAGACUAGUCCCUGUUAACGAGCGAGCACGCCAUCUUAAUAA